AAAGAAAUAACGUAUCGAGAAGUUGUAACUGUAUUCUUUCUAGCUCGUAUAAAGUGUUUAUCAUCAAAAAGCUUCCUUAAUUAAUUUAUCCUCUCAUUUAUUAACUAUGUCUAAAUUAGAAAAGCACAAGGAAAUUAUUUCAAUUACACAUUUCAUCAAUCCCCACCUUUUCUGGUACCACAAAAUUGAUGCUUGUAACGUCGAUUACCGCACUAUAUUAGAAAUUGAAAAGGAACUAGCGGAAUACUACAGGAAUCAUCAAGCGUGGACACAAGCAUUGCGACACCCAAAAAAACAUGCUAUGGUGGCCGUUAAAUUCUUAGCUUGGAAUAAAAUAAUACGUGCGCGUGUUGAUCAUGUUGCCGCCUUCGGCAAGAAUGUAGUAGGAGGCGAAUUUGUUAUGUGGGCUGUAGAUUAUGGAUUUCCUUUUCAAACAAAAGCAGAUCAAAUUUAUAGGUUGCCUGAGAAAUUAACUACACAUGUCAAUUAUAUACGUCCCGGAGGCUUAGUAAAUAUCCUUCCGGCUGAUAAUUUUUUCAUGAAAGAUAUGAUGGUAAAGAGUAUAACAAGUAAGUGGGAUCAGCGUGCUUGUCAUAUCGUUGAAGAGGCUAUAAGUAAUUCGGAAUCUAUAGUGUUUGUUAAAGAAUAUAGUUUAAAUGGGCAGGAGUGGGGUGAACUGGUUAUUAAAACUAACAUGGGAAUUAAAUAUCGGGUCAAUGACCACUUGGUAUCCUUACAUUUGGCUGUUGACGCAAGAUCAAAUUUUCGCGAAGAAUGUCUUAAAUUAAAAACCAAUAAAAUUUUACCAUGGAUGUGUAAUAACGGCACUAGCAAAUUUCGUACAAAUCGUGCAUAUAUUUUUCCCGCCGUUGGUAUAACACACAAUGGAUCUAAAUGUGCAACAAUAGAGUGCAACGAUAUAACCAAACAAAAAGUUGAAGAAUGGCAUGAACGAAAUAAAUAUACAUGUGGAUAUGAGACUGACGACUUCCUUGACACAACAAUCGAGUGCACGAUGACUGAUAGAUCUGUCAUUGAGUCUGUGCCGGUUCGAAAAUGCGAUCAACAAGGGUCGGACUUAACUAAAAUCGCCGAACAUGAGAAAAGUCAGCAUAUGCAGCUGGCCGGUGUACUGUCGAAAUCUAGAGUCGAGAAAUACGCUGGCGGAAAAUUACCGGCUCCACCUUUGCCUGACUGUGUAGAUUUUGAAAUGAAGACAGGCAAUGCAAGAGCGAACCAAACUAUAGACACGACAUAUAGUGAAAUAAGCCCAAUUAAAUACAUGAAUUUGGAGGAGUCAACGGUGAAUAGUGAUGAUGUUCUGGAACCCAAACUUACUGAUGAUAAUAAUGCGACAGCUCCAGCAUGCACCGAAUCGUUCCAUGAUUAUGCCAAAAAUGGCGCAGAAAACACAGUGACCGCCGAAAAAAAUAAAAAUUUAGGGCAGCACGACGAAAGAAAUUCCUUAAUGCCAGAUGACAUUGGUUCAUUUGCGGAAUAUUUAAUGACGUUUCGAAAGCAGUAUAUUGAAAAAAAGAUCAACGAAGAAGCGAAAAUCAGUAAGAAAGGAACAGUUUUACCGAAUAAGGUAGUUCAGUCAAAAAGCUUUAAUUUCGAAUUUGCAGCAUUAACUAAAAGCAAUAAAAGUGAAAAACGUGAGCCCAUAGAUUUAAAAACAACAUUCCAUGGACUCCGUAUGAUACCAGCUGGAUUUGACAUUAUGAAUUUACAUGAGUAUAAAAAUGAAGAGCAUUGGCAUUGUAAAAAGAGUACAAUGAAUGAUCGCGUACCAUAUAAUGACACUGAUUUAGGUGAUUUCGUCAACUGAAUUUGCGAAUAAACCAAUAAAGUUUAAGAGCAUAAUUAUCCUAAAGCAAUACAGAAAAAUAUUACUUGGUAUUUUCUACUAAGAUUUUUUUAUAAAUCGUACAUAAUUUUCAGGCGAUGGUAUAUGUAUUUCCCUGAAUAAAU